AUGCCACCAAAGAAGAAGCAGAAAACUGGAAAACCGCCGCCAACUCAACCACCCCUGCCGUCCCACGACCUUCCUGUUCUCCCUCUGAGUAAAUGGGGACGAAAGGAAAGUCCGCAAAAUGCCAAUGCCGGGUUCUGCAGACUACCAGACGAGCUCAUCUCGGAAGUCUUGUCUUACUAUCCUGAAGUGGGACCUUUGACCUCCGCCGUGGAUGGUACUGCAAGAUACCAGGCCAGGGAACCCAUCCUCCCUGUAUCCUACCUCGUCCGCCCUGACACUCUCCGAGCACUGUCACAGACAUGUGUGGCAUACAGAAGGCUCUUCUUGCCUAUUCUGUGGGAAAGGCUGGAGGUUUGUGUGGAGGCUCGGGGUAAGGAGCAGUUCUUCAGACACGCUGGGGAAAGUCUCACUAGGAAAUGCAACGGGCUCCUCGAGAAUCCCGAUUUAUUGGACAUGGUUCGAUACGUAAAUGUCAUUCUGACGCGUUACAAGUCCGACAUGGUCCUUCCAACCUUCACCAAAUGUUUGAAGGCCAUGCCGAACGUACACACUAUCCACGUUCUACACGCUCAUACUCAGAUGACUUCCCAUAUUAAGGCCGGAUUCGAGGGCGUCUCUUUACCUACAAUUCGUACUCUGAUCAUACCGGGGUACUGUCACGAACUCCUCAAGACCUGUCCCGAAGUCCGCUCUGUACAGUGCAUCAGAGACGAUGGGAGCAAACUCAUUACGGUGAUCAAGCGAGACUGUCCGAAGGUCGAGGAGGUUAGGGGAUUCGGCCUUGAUGCUAGCCUCACGAAACGUUUGGUGAAGGCCGCGCCCAAUUUACGAACAGUGGAAGUCUACUACAACCGUGACUCUUCGGAUAUCGAUGGCAUGAUCACCGAACUCAAGAAGCUCAAACACCUAACGACAAUCGAUAUCUUUUACCACUCCAGUAUCGACAACUUUGAUGCCUCUAAAAGCAAGAUCGUUCAGCAGCUCAAACCAGUGUUGUCACAGAGUCCGUCCAAGGAGAAAAAGUACCUGCGGCUUUGCCAACGAGAGUGUCUACGUGAAGGGGGCCAUGUCAAAUAUCGGAACGUAGAAUUGGAGGAUUAG